AUGAACCCCCUGCACACGCAUCAGCAGCAGAUCCCGCCACGCCGGCCGGAACACCCAUCCAGUAGUCGAUCACGGGGAACAACUGCGCCAGGUCAAAGAACCAGAGUCGAAACGCAGUACCGCCCACCGCUGCCAGUCAGCAGACCUACCAUUCGAUCAAGGUAUACCUCACCAGAAGAUGCACCAAAGACUGCUGUGCCGCCUGUCCCACUUCAGCGGUCGAGUGCCUCUUCGGGACGCGUCUACAGCUCGUCGACGAGGCCAUUUGACAGAAGCCGAAGCCCGGUUAUGACGCUGCGCAUCCUGUCACAUAGCAGAGAAGGACACCGAGACAAGAAGAGUCAGGAGGAGGACCAAGAGAACCGGCUGGUUCACGACUCCUGGGAGUUUCCCGUUCCGCCACGGGGCCUUGUACGAUCUGGGAACGUCAAGCAGACUUCACCUAAGCGUCGACGUCUGCCGCUAAGAGACUCGAUUCUCUUGAAACGCAAAGACUCCUCUGAUUCUUCUAAAGCUGGCGGCGUAGAGACGUCAGCCAGCACGCCUCGCAAAGCUCCCCCUUCGUCGGAACCACAGACACCGUCUAGGCCGACGCACUCCAUGAGCAUGCCGGCGACCCCAUCAAAAGGAAGGAAGCCGGAGAUGCCUAGGCUUGGAGCCCAUCCUAAACAUGAGCAGCCCAGUGAGAGCCGUUCACAAAAUCAACCUGCACGUUUGCCGCCAAGAGACUCCAACCUGGAAAGCUAUCGGAAGGACAUCAAGGCGUCGAACGAUGCUCUACCAGAUGGUGAGAAGCCAUUGGUGUCUCGUAUCUGUUCCAUGAUAUUGGACGAGGAAUUUGGCGCUGGCGCCGACAGAUCCUCGACUCCCCUCAAAGUCUGGGACACUGUAGCACGAUGUCUCGAAGACAUCUCCCGUCUUGCACAGACAGGAGGCGCUGACAGUGGGAGCGGAGGGCCUGCGCAAGCCCGUCUGGCUCUGGAAUCGAAGUCGCUCCAGGAGACCGCAGGCAGAGCUGGUGGUCAGAUGAAGAUGGCCGCGACAGACGAACGCAACGCGCAGUCUUCCAAGCAGGAUACAAGGUCCAGCGGGGGGUCAUCGAUUGUCGACUACUAUUCCUCGAAUAAUCAAAGAGAAAGCAGUGGCCAAGGUGGAUUGCUGCCAUGCCCUUACAGGCUGCGAAAUCCGGCACGAUUCAACGUCAAUGACAAGUGGCACUGCGCCAACGGAAAAUGGAAAGAUUUCGCAGACUUGCAGAAGCAUAUCGCAAAGGAUCAUAAGCGUUGCGGCGAUGCUCACCUCUUUCAGUGCCCGCGGUGUGAGGAUGGUUUCUCGGAGCCCAACGUAUUCAAGCAACACUUGAUGCUACCUAGAGAGCAAAUGUGCGAACCAAGAUCGGAUGGCGACUCUGAAUGGGCCGAUCCAGAAGAUGGCCUCAGUAGUAUGAAAGCACAGAAACUAUCUGAACAGAUGGGCAAUAAGGUUUUCGACUCGUGGGAUGAGCUGUGGAGGUGGCUAUUCCCUCUUGACAGAAUGGUACCGAAGCCUGUUGCCUUGCCCGCCGUAGAGCUGCCGCUGGUAGAACAGGAAGUCUUUGCUGCCGGCAACAUGUCCAACUUGAAGGCUAGCUUGGAGGAACGGCUUCGGUUUCUCGCCUCGCAAUCGGCCGACAGCGGCUCGUUUUCCGCGCAGAUACCCGUUAUCACUGCGUCCUUAUCCCUGGAUGUUGAAGCGCAUCUCAGAAGCGUCUUCAUCUCUUGUCGCAAUCAGCCGCCUGUUCACGCGGGAAAGUCAUCAGCGUCACUGGACACAACAACUGGUCGACCACGUAACCUGUCGUCUGCAUCCAGCUCCAGCACCAGGAGUCUACAACGAUUCAUUCAGCGUGGUCCUACGAUUGCGGUCAAUGAAACCAAGGGUGCGGCUUGGGACGGCCCCGGCCUCGAACGUCAACGUCAACGCCAGACAAGCAACAGCAACGAAACGAGGCGGGAAAAGCUGACACGGGCCGCAACGCUUCCAGUCCCAACAAUGCUCACGAUACCGUUCCCGCGCAUAUCAGCCUUGACAGAGCACUCUGACAUGGGCCCUAGCCCAGUCUCGGAACACGACACCUCACCGAAAGCCCACUCGGACGCAGAGUACUCUUCAGGUGUCGAGUCAACACCGAGCAGCGCCGGCGGCUACCGUGAAUCUAGCAAUAGCAACACGACAGCAGACAUCCGGUGCAGCAAGUGCAACAUGAGAGAGAGUCUCCGACCGGGCGAAGACAUCUUCUCAGACAAGCGCCACUUCAGCAGUUCCUCGGCUGCGGCGCAGGGAACACUGAAGUUGACGUGUAGGUUCUCCGACUCGGGAAUUGGGAUCCUCUGCAAGAGUUGUCGGAUGCUUGAAGAGUUGAUUAGUUCGUACUCGCGGGCUUCAUCACAGGCGUCGGCAAAGUCUGAGCGACUAAGUCUGCCGAUGGCAGGUGGUGGUGUUGGUGGUGUUGCCGGUACCACCGCGAGGAGUACCACCACGAGCGCGACAACCAAUACGAGCUUGAAUACAGCCCCGACGACGGCGCCGCCGUUCUCGCCGAACCCGUCUGUCUCGGUGGACGAGAGCGAAGAGGAGACGCUGUUUGAUUUGAUUCUCGACUCGGCGACGUACCUGGAUGAGGACGGGCAGCGCAAGACAGAGAUUGUGUCGCCCAUGUUCCCGCCUCCGCAGAUUGGGUUUUCAGAGUACGAUCGAUAUGGGGGCCACGGCGGCGGUAAUUGGUUUUGA